AUGGGAAGGGAGUAUUAUUUAUUCUUCAACAGCUCUAUUCUUUUAACAUUAAAUGAUAGACUGCAAAUCUAGCUUCAAUAAAAUAAAUUCAAACGAUUUAAAAUAAUGUGUUUCAAGGUGUUUAGAUGGUUAAUAUGCAGCAAACUUUUAAACUACUUUCGUGUGUUCUCCUUGCAAUCCAAUUUGUAAAACUUGCUCAAGUUUAAACGUAUGUACUUCUUGCUAAUCAAAUUAAUUUGUAGAUCCCUCUACUUAGUCCUGUAGCAACUGCGAUACAAGCUGUUUAACUUGUUAAAAUUCUUCUACAUAAUGCCUAAGUUGUCCUUAAGGUUUGUUUCUUUACAAUUAAAAGUGUUAUUCAAUUCAACCAUAAGGUACUUAUUGCGAUCAAAAUUAAAUAUGCUAAGAUUGUUAAAGAUCAUACUAAUGUAAUUUUUGCGAUAAUACAUUAUAAAUUUGCAUAAGUUGUAUUAAUUAAAGUUUAUAUUUUUUAAAUGGAGUUUGUUCUAAUAUAUAGCCACCAAACACAUACUGCAAUUUAUAAAAGAUAUGUCAAAAAUGUCCUGA